GUGGGGUGGGGCCUGUGCUGGGGCGCGUUGGAUCGAUAUGGCGACCGAGGGGGACGUGGAGCUGGAGUUGGAAACCGAGACCAGCGGCCCGGAGCGGCCUCCCGAGAAGCCACGGAAGCAUGACAGCGGUGCGGCGGACCUGGAGCGAGUCACCGACUAUGCAGAAGAGAAGGAGAUCCAGAGUUCCAAUCUGGAGACGGCUAUGUCCGUGAUUGGAGAUAGGCGGUCCCGGGAGCAGAAAGCCAAACAGGAGCGGGAGAAGGAACUGGCAAAAGUCACGAUCAAGAAGGAAGAUCUGGAGCUAAUAAUGACAGAGAUGGAGAUCUCAAGAGCGGCAGCAGAACGGAGCCUGAGGGAACACAUGGGCAAUGUGGUAGAGGCUCUUAUCGCCCUAACCAACUGAUUUAUGCUCAAACGUUCGCACUGGAUUAACUUAUUUCAAUAAAGCGCUGUACUUUUUUGUGAAGUUUCAUCAUCUUGGAUCAGUGCACUGUGUAUUGUAUUUUGUGGGAAAUUUACGCUUUGGAGUAUAACUGAAUUUAAGUGACCCUCCCCCUCAAACCCUUAGUGAAGGGUCGUGUACAAGAGCACCUCAUGAAGGUGCUAGGUAUUUGGCCAGGCUUAUUCAUCAGACUAGAUAACAGUCAGGUAC